UCACGCCGCCCCGCCGGAGAAGAAAAGUGCUCGCACUGCCUCUACCUCGACUCGGAAUCUCGGAUUGAGCCCUCCGCCUCGACCUCGCCUCAGCCUCCGCCCUUAGAUGAGUUAGAGGUUUGGGGGAAGGGAAAAAUGAAGAAAGGGAUUCAUCCUCAGCUGCAAUGGAUAUCAUAUGUGACUCAAAGCGGCCGCCUGAUGAAUGUGACAAUGACCAAGAUUCAUCAGGUCGGCAAAGUUUACCAUUUCCGGGCAAAGAGACAAAUGGCCCAAAGCAUCGGCCAAAUCGCUAAAUUCAAACGACGGUAUGGAGAGAAGGAGAAGGAGAAGGAGGAGGAACCCGAGAAUAAA